AUGACUGAUAUUAUCAAUGAUCCGAUAAAUCUUUGUUCAAAUAAUAUUUCUACGACAAUAAUACACAACAACAGUUUGACGCCAAACAACACUGCAGUUAGCAAUGGUGAUGUAUGCGUGAAAAUUUUGACAUUAGAUGCAACUAAUGGAUCCAAACAUGAAGACUGGAUUCUUGCUCAUCGAAUUGUUCUGGAAGCUAGCUCAAGCUAUCUGAGAAACUUGGUACAAGCGUCUGUUUGUAAUAAGAAUUUUUUGGCAACCUUACCAGUCAUCGAAAUUAACUUUGGUUUUCUUAACAAUGCAGCACAAGCUUUUAGAGUUAUUCUUAAUUUUCUGUACACUGGAAAGAUUAAUUUGGAAUCUGUAGAUGCAUUAGAAUUCACCUUUUUCAACUACUCAAGAUGUUUUUUUAUAUUUCUUCUUAAUCUUUCUUUUUUCUUUGCUUAUUUACUGUUUGAUAUUUUGGUUGCUUCUGGAAGCUUUCUUUCCCUCUUUUUUGUCAUCGGAAGUAUCUUUUCAGGUUGGUGUAGAAAUAAAAAGUACAUUGAACGAGUGCCAAAUGGCUUCAUGUGUACAGUGUGCCGCAAAAUAUAUGGCCGCUACAACUCAGUAUCGUAUCAUGUUACCAUAUAUCACCGAAACCCACCAAUUAAAUGUGAUGAAGAAGGCUGUCAGUUCACCACUCGUGAAGCUCGUUACAUACAUUUUCACAAAUAUUACCGACAUCACAUAGCGCUUCCAGAUAGCAUUGAUUUAGGCUCUAGAAAAUGUCCGUUUUGUCGUCAUGUUUCGAAGAGUCCAGCAAUGUUGGAGAAGCACAUCAGCCGUCACAUGCCAAACUGCAGCCGUGUUGGACGGGCCUACAGCACCUGUCAGCAAUAUCCGACUGAUAUGAACCCUCAGCUGAAACUUCAUGAGCAUAUCAGUGCGCAUCAGCCAGACGUCUUUCAAUGUUCCGAGUGCAGUUACAGGUUCGAAAAUGUUAAUCUAAAUAGCACUAUAAUUAAUUGA